UAAAUUAAAAACUUUACCAAAAGAAAUAUAACUUUAAUCUCUUAUCUCUAAGCCUUUCCUGAUAAAGCAUCUCCUUAUCUUAAGAUAGCAGGUUUAAAUCGUAUCUUUUAAACUUGAUAAAUAGCCUUUUUUUUAGCAGUCUUGUAGUAUUUUUAAAUUAAUUUGCUGCAGAUUGCACCACUUGCUAUAGAAUUUUCAGUCACGCAUAAGGAGCCUGAUUUCUCGCCUUUGUUGCAUAAAGUUCCCUUUUUAUCCAUUGAAGGGCUUCACCAUCUGCAUAUCUUCAUCUUUGUUCUUGCGGUUGUUCAUGUCACUUUGUCUGUCUUGACCGUUGUUUUUGGGGGAGCAAGAUUUUGCAGAUUUGGUCGACACUCUUGUAGUUAUGAUGAGAAUAAGAAAAAGAAAGAGCAGAGACAGAUCUUGGAUGAUGAUUUUUUAUUUGUUUAAUCUUCCAUGGCUUCUUAUAUUCCUCGGUCUCUCAUCCAAGGUCAGGUUUUAACCUACUAUUCUUCAUUCUCGCUUUUUUUUUUUUUUGGUUUAUUUUUUUGCUUUGAAUUUGUAUAUAUAUCAUGGGAUUUGGGUUUUGCUGGUGUUAAUGGUGAACCUGUCACCCUAACUGAAUCAGUUUUAAAGGCCAUGGCUGCUGCAUUGGCUGCAUUUCUUUAUGAUAAAAAGAAAGGUGAUUUCUUUAUGUUAUUUCUCUUGCUUUCUUUAUUUCUUUGUGUUGUGUUACAGUAAUAAAAUAGGAAAGACUGCAAUGUAUGAUUAUUUGAGGGAUUGAAAGGUGGCACAUAGAAGGAUUUCGAGAGUUUUGUCGUUGAGAGAGGAGUGAUGAUUCCGAGUUGUUGUUGCUUUUGAUUGGCGGAAGUAGUAGCCGUUAAUUCAUGCACCAAUUUGAGAGGACCAAAGAAGAAAGAGGGCAAGGCCAAAGAAGAAGCAAACUACCAGAUGAUGUUCUUGAGUACGCUGCUGCUGAGGGGAUUGACGUAAAAGAAAUGCUUGCUGGAGCAGCUCUAAUAGAUGAAGAAAUUAGGAUUCCUGUGUUGAGAAACAAUCCUGCAGCUCUAUUGGCUUAUUUGGCUAUGCGCUGGUAUUGGAUCGGGUCGUGUCGGAUCGAAUACUGCAGUUAGGAUUGGAACUUUUGGUUCAGAUCGGAGUUGGGUUCGGAACAGAUUAGUUUCGGAUUGGAGUUGGGUUUGGAUCGUAGUUGGGUUCGGGUCGUAGUUGGGUUCAGGUCGGAAGGUUCCUUUGGGCAGCAAGCCAGUAUCAAAGUUGCCUAAUUUUAGAUCUGAUUGUCUUGAGUCUGCCCUGUAAUUUGUGAUAUCUCUUGUUACGUUUUGCUAAAAAUUAUAAAAAUUUACAAAUGACUAUUUUUAACGAUUUUUUGAUAUAUCUUUUGUUACGAUUCCAA